AUGAACCCCCCCCAGCCCCAGCCACGGGGACACGGAGCAGCCGGGCCCGCCGCUGCCACCUGCCGGAAUGAACCGAGUUCCCGGCACCAGUCCUGGGGAUCAGCUUUCCUAGAAACACGGGACGCCGAGCGUCUCUUGGAGCGCGCACGGAGGGUCCUGGGGGUUUUAUUAGUCUCUGCUUCGUUUUCAAGGUCACUGCCCGGGACGACGGCGGCUGAAUGUGCAUCUAACCUGAAGCAGAUUUACAGGGUGCAGACAGUGCAGGAUUUCUGGAGUGUUUACAACAAUAUUCCUCCUGUGAUAGAUUUGCCCCUGAGAUGCAGCUACCACUUAAUGCGGGGAGAAAGGCGGCCGCUUUGGGAAGAAGAAAGCAAUGCCAAGGGGGGUAUAUGGAAAAUGAAGGUCCCCAAGGAAAGCACGGCUGCAGUUUGGAAAGAGCUACUGUUGGCAACUAUUGGAGAGCAGUUUACAGACUGUUGUGCAGCAGGUGAUGAAGUGAUAGGGGUGAGCGUCAGCGUCCGUGACCGUGAGGAUGUUGUGCAAGUCUGGAAUGGGAAUGCUGCCUUAGCAAGGGAAGCAAAAGUUCUAGAAAAGAUACAUAAACUUCUGCCACACACAGCUUUUAAAGCUGUCUUUUAUAAAUCACACAGAGAGCAUCAUGCUUUUGAAGGCCGACGGGGAAAACAUUAA